AUGUUUGAGAGGCUUCUGCAGACGUCUGAUUCUGCUUUUCAGUUUUCCUUUGUCCUGCCUCCCUCGCAGAAGCAGCUGCCUGCAACUUUUGCUGCUCUAGACAACGCUUCAUCUCUCAAAGCAGAGCUCUGCAGAGUGGAUUUGGGGGAUCCCGCUGCAUCAGAGGGAUCUGCCUCUGCCGUUUGCAGCUGCCUUGCUGACAAGACCUCCUUGAGAGACCCCCGAAGCCGCCCACCGAACUGGAGCUUUUCAGACCUGCUGUCCUGCCCAGGAGAAGUGACCAAACAUCUGAGCUAUGUCCAGCCUGGCUGCAGCAACCUUCUCCCUGGCAUAGGAAUCUUUCACCCAGUGGACAAGAAAAAGGCUUUGGCAGCCUGUGACUCACUGCAAAGGCAUUGUCCCAUUUCCUUACGAGCUGAGGUUGGCCUGCAGGAGUGGUGGCAGCUCUGGGGUGGAGCUGUGGCUGUGUCAAGGAAGGAGGAACUGUUGGAGUUUGCAGCCAGGCUGAGUUCAGAAGCAGGUGUCUGCAUCUCCCUGCAGCCUGUGCUCAGCCUGCUUGCAGGGUGUCAGACCUGGCGUUGGGAAGUCGAGGGCACUGGGAAGCUUAGCUGGACUUCAGCUGGAUCGUCUCCUGCCAGAGCUGUAAGAAACUGGUGGAAAGGUGACAGUCAAGGAGUGAUGUGUUAAUUAAUUGGUGCUGUCUCCAGGGACCCAGGGAACGGAGCCCUCCUCCUCCACUUAUCACAGUGCCUGGUGGUUGUGUUCUCAGUGGGUUCUUUCCAGCAUCUCAUGGGUGUGACCUGAGAGCAGAGCUGUGCAGACAAGUGGACCCUCCAAGCGUUUAAACAGACCCUUCCCCUCCGUGAAUGAGAAGAGGAGCUUGACCAACCUGCCCUAACCUCCCUCCUUGUGUGAUGCCAGCUGUGAGUGUUUCUUUGGCAGUGUCUUAGCUGGUUGUUGUGAACAAUAGUCAAGGAAGCAAUCAGCAAGUAUACUGCCCUAGAAGUGCUACACGUUGUUGGGCCUGCCUCAUGUCUCCAUGGCUUGAGAGGUGGAUGGGAUCCAGGCUGGAAUGCUGCCCAAGUGUACGGUGGUGCACUGGAGCCUGAGGUGUCUGACGGAGCAGAGGGCUGCUGCGAGGAGCGCCGCAGGAUCCUCCAUGUGGGCACUGCAUCAGAGACGAGAGCUGGAGAAGAGAUAAACUCGUUGCAAGUCACUUUGCUCUUUCUUUGUCCUCCCCACAUGCAUCUUCCUGAGAGUAAAAUGUUGGUGGUAACAAAAAUGCAGCUCUAGGUCUGGAGAGGAGGGCUUGCUGUUGGGAAGAGUUUGUCUGAGCCUCAGGCUGGUUAUGACAAGCUUGGCUCUGAGCCUAGCGUGGGAGCAGCUCACCUCUAGCUGCUAUUUCUCCUGGGUGCUGGUCAGCAGCAAAUGCAUGCAGUCAAGUGCCCAAAACCUUAGCUGGUGUUUCUGGGGAGGAAUAAAUUAGGUUUAAUUAA